AUGGUGGAGGACAAAUAUGUCGGCUUGGCUUUGGCCAUACUGUCGACGAUGGCCAUUGGGACAAGCUUUGUCAUAACUAAAAAAGGGUUACUGGAGGCAAGCGAGCGGCAUGGAUUUGAAGGUGAAGGCUUUGCAUAUUUGAAAAGUCCUACGUGGUGGGGCGGCAUCGUGACCAUGGUACUCGGUGAAGUGGCCAAUUUCGCAGCAUAUGCUUUUGCGCCGGCCAUACUGGUAACGCCGUUGGGAGCGCUCAGUGUUUUGAUCGGUGCCGUACUGGGGUCAUACUUUCUCAAAGAAGAUUUGGUGCUGCAUGCACCCCCGGAUAAGGAGAUUCAAACUGUGGAUGAGAUAUUGCAGUAUGCCAUACAUCCAGGUUUUCUUCUCUACUGUGCUGCGGUUGCCAUCUUCUCCAGCGUUAUGAUCUAUAAGGUCGCUCCAAAGCAUGGAAAGAAAAACCCCCUGAUAUUUAUCUCAAUCUGUUCCACGGUUGGAUCUGUAUCCGUCAUGUCAGUCAAGGCUUUCGGUAUCGCCUUGAAGUUGACUUUGAACGGGAACAACCAACUUACCCACCCAUCGACUUACGCUUUUGCCAUCGUCACUGUAUGUUGCAUAUUGACCCAGAUGAACUACUUUAACAAAGCUCUUAGUCAGUUCUCAACUUCUAUAGUCAAUCCGCUAUACUAUGUUACCUUUACGACUUUCACAUUGGUUGCGUCUUUCAUCCUCUUCCGGGGUUUCAAUACAACUGAUGCGGUGAAUACUCUAUCUCUUUUGAGCGGAUUCUUGGUGAUAUUCACGGGAGUCUACCUGUUAAACCUAUCACGUGGCGAUCCCGACGGUCAAAAACUUCUUAAUGGCCAUAUCUCGGGUGGAGUUCCCACGGACGGGAUAACAGGCCUGCAGACUCGGAGAAGCAUGCAGUUACGUCGAAGCAUAGAUGCUAGUCGAGCUAGCACUGGUAGUGCCGGCUUUGGCUCGAGAGGGGAAAGAGGAGUAUUGAUGCACUCAUUCGAAGAGAACAACGUCGGACUCGGCCUAGAGGAACUCGCGGAGGACAGCGAUGAAGACCAAGGACUGAGCCGUUCAAGUGUGAACAGCAUGAAUGGACGAUACAACGUCUCCUCCAAGGGCAUGACAUCCGAGGGGUCCGAGAUUAUCAUACCGCACUGCUACAACCACGAAGUAGCUAUGCCUGGUCUCGCAAGAAAACUGGUGGUUGUUGCUGCGGUCGAAGGCUUGAUACUACACCCACCGGGUUCACGUAACCAGCGAAGCCUGCAGAUCAAAUAUACCACGCACGAACUCUCUUUACACCAAGCACGAACUCUCCCAUACUCUGCACUCGCAGACCCUUCGUCGUCCACCGAAUUCCAUGGCAUUGUUGGUAGUCAAUUCAAAUGCGAUCGCGAACAAGUAGCGCAAGUACGAGGUUCCCCCAUCUACGUUAUUACAGAUGUCGCUUUGAUACCUCUAUCUUCGCAAUUUGAGGCAAAAAGAGCCAUCAACCAGGCAAAGGAAAGCCUGAAGAAGUCCGGCCAACAUGGAGCCCCAUCCCCAGAUAGCGACAUUUCGGAUGACAAUGAAGCUCACGUCGAGGCUGGCCAACCUGAACACGAUGACCAAGUAUCGCCAGCAUGCGCAGGUUCGUCAAUCAAAGAGGACCCUUCGGCAAUACGACCAUUCGGUCCGGCACGGAACGCCAGCAGCGUUGCCGAAGACGUAAUUGGGAAAAAAGGUCAAUAUGGGCGUUUCGCAGAGAGAUGGUUUUCAAGGAAAGGCUGGACCACUGAGAAGCGAAGGGCACAAGGGAUGUCUGUUGACGGCGUUGAGAAGCCGGUAAUAUCGAGCAGUCAGGGGACAGGUUUGCACCUCCCGCAAUACAAAAACCCGUCGUCAGCGACAACGCUUGACGGUGCGAAGAGCUCUGACCGGACAUCCGAUCUCGAAGUACCGAAUCAGGCAGGCGAGAGUGAUAUGUUGGGUAGCCUACCCACAAAUGUGACCAAUACCCUGCUCCCCAAGCUUCUACGAACGACGCGAAUGCUAUUAGGAUCUCGAAGCUUCUUCUUUUCUUAUGAGCUAGAUAUCACCCGGAGACUGGGAACGAAUGAUAGUAAAGGCUCCGAGAUACCAUUACACAAGUCUGUUGAUCCAGAGCACUACCGUUCAUCGAUGGCGGACAUCAGCUUCGUUGGUCAGCGGGCUUUUACCGUUAACAGGCAGCCCGACAAGCUUUCAGAAGCUAUAGUCCCCACAGAAGAAGACACCAAUAGUUUCAUUGAAGCCCAAAGGAAAGAAGAGUCUGUUCGACAAGAUUCAAACUUCUUGAUAACGCUCAUCUCACGUCGCAGUACAAAACGUCCUGGCCUUCGAUAUCUCCGUAGAGGUGUUGAUGAUGACGGCGACACAGCGAACAGUGUGGAAACGGAGCAAAUACUAUCCAAGGUAUCGUGGGAGCCCUCCGAAAAGGUUUACUCGUUCACACAGAUUCGUGGCUCCAUCCCUUUGUUCUUUUCACAGUCCCCCUAUUCUUUCAAGCCUGUACCAGUCUUGCAGCAUUCAUCGGAGACAAACCACAAAGCAUUCAGGCGGCACUUCUCCAGCAUUAUUGGUAGAUAUGAAGAUGCACAGAUCGUGCUUCUGGUGGACAAGCAUGGCGGUGAAGCAGAAAUCGGUCGUAAAUACGAGGAAUAUACCCGAGAGAUCAAUGCAGAGAACGGCGUUGCUGGGCGGCAACUAGGCUUCGAAUGGUUCGAUUUCCACCGCAUGUGCCGCGGCAUGAAAUUUGAAAAUGUCAGUCUUCUCAUGGACUCCCUUGGCGAGAGACUCGAUGCAUUUGGGGAGACUGUCGAUGUUGGAGGCAUUGUCCGUCAAAGACAAUCUGGUAUACUUCGUACGAACUGCAUGGACUGCCUUGAUAGGACGAACGUCGUUCAGAGCGCCUGCGGUCAAAGAGCUUUGGAAAAGCAGCUGCAGGAAGAGGGUGUUCUAGUCGACCUUCGCACAGAUGCGACCACUCAGUGGUUCAAUACCUUAUGGGCUGACAACGGUGAUUCGAUUUCCCGCCAAUAUGCGAGCUCAGCAGCCCUCAAGGGAGAUUAUACUCGUACCAGACAGCGUAACUACCGUGGCGCGAUCAAUGAUCUUGGACUCACACUUUCAAGAUAUUUCAACAACAUUAUAUCAGAUUACUUUUCGCAGGCUGCAAUAGACUACUUACUUGGUAACGUGAAUGCACAGGUCUUUGAGGAAUUCGAGACAGACAUGAUGAGUAGGGACCCUGGAUUUUCGAUGCAGAAAGUGAGGGCAAAUGCGAUUGAAACAAGUUCCAAGAUUGUUAUAGCAGACCAAAGCGAAGACAUUGUUGGGGGCUGGACCUUGUUGAGCCCACGCGAGCAAAACACAGUGAAGACGUUCCCUUUUCAAGAAACCGUACUCCUCGUCACAGACAUAGCUUUAUACCGGGUCAGCUUUGACUUUAACAUCGAGAAGGUAUCCUCUUUCGAAAGGAUCGAUCUUCGAAGCAUUACGGGAAUAAUUCGCGGAACAUACAUAACAUCGACAUUAACGGCGGCACAGGUCGACGAAUCUAGGAACGUUGGCCUGGUGAUAAAGUACAGACCGGGCAAGGAGGACAUUGCGCGAGUAAAUACCAGGUCAUUAAGCAGCGCUGUAGAGUUGGACGGUGCCAGAGACGCCGAUGUUGAGGGUGUUUCCGGUCAAGGCAUUGAUAAAGAGGAGGUAUCUAGCAUGAAGAUCUUGGCAUUCAAGGCUCUCCCUGCGCGCUCAAGUUUGGCUAGUGUCGAGGGCCAGGAUAAAAGCAGGAUGAGUGAGAAAGAAAUCGUGAAUAUUGUAUGUGAUGAGGUGCAGAGGGCGGCACUUGGCAGUAACGUGUCGGGCUUCGUCGAGGACAAAGACAUCGUAUCUUUGCAGGAAGCAAGGAAGAAUACCGGAUUGUUGGAACAGUGGGGCCAUUCUCUGAAGAAGAUGGUUUGGGCUUAG